GGUUUCCGUUUCUGUUCUAAAUUCGCGUAUCACACUAUAAACAGUGAUUGAACUGAUUCGUUUAAAUAUUCUGUUAAAGUUAUGCAAAUAUUUAUAUACGAAUGGCACUUGUAGUGAUCUUCAACGAAAUGGAUUAACAAAUAUAAUGCUGAGUUUAUAACGAGUAACAAUGAAGACAUGUUUGCGUUUACCGAAGAGAAUAUUACAAGGAUUCGUUCACGUUGCUACGGAUCCGGGGAUUUUAAAUCGCAUAGCACCAGUUAGCUACAUAUUUGCUCUUGUCGGCAUUGCCGGAUGGGGAGUGUUUCGGGCAAUACCAUAUUUGUACAGUGACUACGACCCCUGGGUCACCACAGCUGUUCAAUGUCUAGGAUGUUUUCUAGCCACAGAGUUGUUUAUUAAUUGGUUAUUUUUAACAUUUGUUGACUCGACGUACGAUCCAGCUAUAUACGGAGCCCCGCCGGUUCUGUUUGAUAGAGGGAUGCCAAUCUACGACGGGAGGGAAAACUGCAGCGUUAAUUUUAGUAGACAACGUAAAGAUGUAAUGUCCCUGCAGGAAAAUGAAUGCAAGCCUGAGUACGGUACCAAUGCUAGAGCUAAUACGCUGGAAGGGAUAGAUAAAUCAGUGAUGCCAUAUUUUACUUGGUCUCAAUGUAUUACGUGUAACAGACCCAAUCCACCCCGUGCUCAUCAUUGUAUCUUGUGUAAGAAAUGUAUUUUGAAAAGAGACCACCAUUGUUACGUGGCAGCAACGUGUGUAGGAUACAGAAAUCUUCGUUACUUUUCAACAUUUUUGUUUUAUGCGGUGCUUGCAACAUUUUUUGCAUCCGUGCAUGCCAUACCUUAUGGAUUUUCUAUUGUGGUGCCGAAAGUUCAAUACUACGAUUUAUUUUACCCUGUAACUAUUGUGCGGGGAUUACUCGGCUUUGUACACUAUAGAGAUGCGUUUCUUAUUAUUCUAGGAUGGAUGUUGUUAGUUUACCUGAUAUUCAGUACUUUCUCAUUAUUUCAAGCAUAUAAAUGGAUAACAACUGGAAAUACUUCCUUUGAAAUAGUUAACAAAAUAGAUAUAUAUGAUUCUCGAGACCUGUCCGGAAAAGUACGUGCUGUUUACGGACGUUAUUGGCUUCUGAAUUUCUUGUUUCCCGCGCAUUUUUUGUUCGAACCACAAGAUGAUCCAAUCAGAUGGCAAACAUUCAAGAGGCGCGGACUUGACGGGGGAUAUUUUCUUUCGUAAAUUAUCCUGCUUAGUAGUUCUAAUUAUACAUGAAUUAUUAUGUUGUUUUUUUUUCUUUUGCUAAAUCUAGUGUACUUUUUUAUUUUAGAUAUAAAUAUUGUAAAAUUUGAUGUGCAGAUUAAAAAAGUCA